AUGAUGGAGGGAGGGAAUGCGCAGGGAGGUGGCAUGUUUGGCAGCAAGGGAGGGCCUGGUUCGAAGCGGCAAAGACUGGCGUUCUGGCAGCUGGCGCUCGCGGCGUCGGCGUUGAUCCUCUUGGGAUUGAAUGUCGGCGCCGUGCUGAACUCCAACUUUCCUUCGACGCCGGAUAAGGCUGCGGAGCGACCAUCGUUCGGCGAGGUCCCUCACAAGAUGGGGGAUGUCGGUGGCGCCGACGGAGGGGGCGGCGGCGGCGGAGGCGCGGUCGGGGGGGGCGGGGGCGAGGGCGAGGGCGAGGGAUCGCCGGCAGCGGGGGAGGGGGCGGUGACGACGGGGGCUAGGCAAGACUCCGGCGAUGACGGGUCGCUACAAGACCCCGAUGGGCUCUGGGGGAAGGACGAAGAGCAGAAGAAAGAGCACCACGAGGGGCAGGACGGCGAGCCGGUGUCAAAGAACGCCGAAGAGUAUUUGGUUAAGGGCAAGGAGGCGCUCCAGGAGAAGACGGGCGCGGUUGAGCAGCACAAGGAGGGCCUGCUUCGGCAGAAGAACCAGCUCGACGCAUACGUGGCGUGGCAUCGACAGCAGGGCUUGGCGCCAUCGCUAGACGAGAUGAUGAGCAUGCCGUCCACGAACGAGCGAUGGGCGGUGGAGGGGAGGACGGGUGGUCUCAAGGGAGCCCCCAAGGUUACCGUCAUCCUCAACCUUUUCAUGCGAGAGGUUUUAACGGAGCAGUUGGACAGCUUGUUCGCGCAGACGACCGCGAGCCACAUCGCCGAGGUGUGGGUUUGCGUGUUCAGCGCGCCCGCCCAGGACUACGCCCUUCGGGUGGUGAAGGAGUCCAAGUACAAGAACGUGCGGCUUGUCGUCAGCGACUUCAACUUCAAGUUCUACGGACGGUUCCAGAUGGCGCUGACGGCGCCGACGGACUUCGUGUGGCUGAUCGACGACGACAUGAUCCCGGGCAACAAGUACCUCGGGCAGCUCAUGCACGCGGCGGGGACCGAACUUCUGGGGAGUUCGCUGCUGGGAAGCAUCGGAAGGGUGCUGCCCAGGCCGGGCCGCGACAUGUCGCUCGUGUCCUACCGGAAGUGGGGUAGCCAUGGAGGGAUGUACAUGCCGGACUACUACUGGGACCAGGAUAGCGCGGUGCCCGUGGACUACCUGUGCAGCCAAUGGUUCCUGCGGCCUGAGUGGCUGCAGCACAUGUGGAGCGAGCGGCCGAUGACCUUCGAGACAGGGGAAGAUUUCCACGUCUCUCACACCAUGCGCAAGUACGCCAACAUCGGCACGUACGUGAUGCCGUUCAACUCCGACGAUGAAGAGACCAAGGGCAGCAAGUUCAGGGGCCUGUCGUUCGUGAACGCGGCCACCAGUAGCAGGUAA